AUGCCCACUCUCGUUGAAGACUCCUGGAUCUCAACCCAGGCGACGACCCACGGGCUUGACACCAUAAGUGGCUGCUCAAUUGCUAUCAGCGCGACGUAUUACCUUCACCGCUUCCUUGACAACCCUCCCUUCCAUGAGCCCCUCCUCCCCGCCCUCGGCGGCCUGACCGGCAUCGAAGCGCACCUUACCCGAGACCUCGACAAGUUCAAGGAGAAUGGCGUCGUCCCUUUUUUCAUCUUCGAUGGCCAGGGCAUGGUGGGCCAAGCUGAGACGACCGUGAAGCGGGGCCGCCUAGCCAACAUCAAGACGAAUGAGGCUUGGGACCAGUACUUUGCCGGUAGGGCGGAGGAUGCUGUGAACUCCUUCGGUAGCAAUGCGGGAGCUUUCCGCGUGCAGUCUCUCUACCCGCUGCUCAUGAGGCUCUUGAAUGAGAGGGAGUACCACUUCCUCGUGGCUCCUUUCAGUGCUGCUGGUCAGAUUGCGUACUUCGAGACGAUCGACUCCGACCAAGUUGGCGGCAUCAUGGGUUCCAAUGAACUCCUGCUCUACCCGAUUCAUGACUGCAUCAUCAAGUCUAUAAACUGGGAGAAGAAAGAAGUCACGGCGAUCUCCAAGAAGGGGCUGAUUAAGACUCUAAACGUCACGGAGGCCAUGUUCAUUGACGCACUACUUAUGUCUGGCACCCCCUUCCUUUCGACAUUCCCUCCUCUGCAAGACUCGACGAUUACGACGCGCCAGCCCUUCAUUAUCGCCGAUGCCAUAAACAUCCUGCGGACGUCCGAUAAGGUUGUAGCUAACGCCUGCGCUUCGUUUAAUGACAUCCUACAAGCUAGGGACAAGGAUUGGCUCGACAAGUACCAAAAGGCAAGGCUGGCUGUGAACCAUUACAUCUACAUUGCGGAAAACGGCGAGGUCAAGGUCAACGACUAUGAGCACCUCACAGGAGACAAUCACGAGUACCUCGGACUCCAAUUACCGGCGGAACUUUUCUACUACAUCAACAAGGGCCUCAUCAGCGCACGAUUCUGCAGCUGGAUAGCACACAGUCAAAUCGUCGUGCUACCGACCCUGGAUGGUGUUUCGUCUCCCGAAUACAGAAAGCUCGUUAGCAGCCAACUCGUCCCAAUCCGAGAACAGGCGUUAGCUCUCGUCAUCCCGAGGCUUCAUCGUGGCCUUCAACAUAAGGAGAUCACGAUGAAGGCGUGGUACGACGAGAAGUUUCUGUACAAGACCAAUUUUCGGUCGAUCCAGCCGCCACCUGACCAGGUCGUCAAUACGUGGUUCGCCAAGCCCGAGGAGAUUGAAAAAUUCCCCCCGCCGGCCCAGUCGUCGUCGCUCAUCACGUUCGAGGUGUUAUCGCUUGCAAACCAGGACUUUGUCAAGCAAACCUUCAACAAGGAAAGGUUGAUCAAGGGCCUAGACAACAAGCGGACGAUCGCUUCGGUUGCCGUCUGGCGGUUCCUCCAUCUAAGGGGCUAUGUAGAUGACGACCAUUCAUGGACAAGAUGGGGUACUGCCCUGGCGAGCUCGCUCCUCGCCAUCAGGGAAACGGAGAAGCAGCUUGGGGACAAGGUGUCGCUUGCAGAGGCCGUUCUCAUGGCUUUCGAGCUUAUCCGCUAUGAUUUGUUGAACGGCAAGAAUAAGCACGAGGAGCUUCACGGCCUCCCUCUUAAGGGCUCGGAGGACGACAAGACGAGCCUCUUGCUUAUCAGCCGAUGCGCAACAUUGUUGAAGUUGCGCCAUCAGACGAAUGGCUACACGGGUCCGCUCAACAAGAAUCUGCUUGCAUUCCGCUCGCUGUCGGCGACCGUGAGAGAGGCGAACCGAGACCUCGUCGAGGCGAUUGUGGCGUCGAUGUUUAUCAACGGCCAGUCGAAGAGGGACCGCGACGACUUCCUCGAGAUCGGGCAGAGCCUUCCCUUCCUAACAGAUCCUGACAUUGCGCUCGGCAUCGCCGUCAAGACAUUCCUGGAUGACGACAAUGUCAACGACUCGCGCGAGCACCGGGCAAAGAGAGUUGCCGAGUUCCCGGAGACGUAUGUUCCCUUUGCAACUCACUUUGUAGACGACAUGAGGACGUGCUAUGGCUUUGUCAAUGCUCUAUGCACGGGAGUGAGCACGCUCGACAAGGAGGUUGCGGCUGCCGACAAGUUCGUGUGGCAGAGGGCCGGUGAGUAUCUGGCGGCGCGCCCCUUUUAA